AUGCCAGACUCCGAGCUUGCAGCCAAGGAAGCCUACUUCAAAGAACACGAACUCAUGGAUACGUCCAACGAUGCACAAGACACCCUGGACAACAGCGCGAAUAAGCUCGAACAAGCACUAAGAGAAUCGAGAUCCACAAGACCCACAUCCCUCACAAGACAAACAAGUAGCUUUCUUGGACUGACACCAAGAGAGGCGUUCGAGGCGCAUACAAGGAAACUACGCGAGACAGAGCGACAGGCGGGCCAUAAGCCGAUGCGCUCACCUACGGCGCCCGAAUCAGAACGUAUCAGAGGCUCCCCAGCCACGAAACCACGCGGUAGGACAACGGCAACAUCUGCUGGUCCUAAAAUCAAGCUAAGAAGGGUAUUGUCCUUACCUGAGACAGCUGACAUAGAUCUUACACCGUUCUACAUUCGAGUAGGUGAUGUUCCCCGAGAGUGCGGGAACAAGAGGAACCCUAAACCAGCGAUCAACAUUCAGCUGGAUCCUGAGUACAAACAAUAUCUCAAGGGCAAAGUCGUAUAUUUCUACCCACCGAACGACGAUAUUCUCACAACUCGGAGACGUCGUAUACACAAAGUAAUACAACUUGGAGCCGCUUGGGUCAAAACAUGGAGAGAAGACAUCACACACGUCAUCGUGGAUGAUGACCAGUACACAUACAUGAGCUUGUUGAAACAUUUGAACAUGCCAGGACUCCCCAAGGAUAUUGUACUAGUCAAGUACGAACCAUAUGUGCCGGAGUGUAUACAAUUCCGAGGGCUCCAAGACCCGAGCUGGCCACGGUUUGCUCCAAAAGGCGCGCCCAAUAGCAGAAGACUCAAACAGCCGGCGCUGCAAUCAAAUGCUUCGGCCGCUUCGCAGACGCCGCUACAGGUCAAAUCGUCAACACGACAGACGACUGCAUGCUUGCAGAAUACUGAUUCACGCCCAGAAAAAGAAGAUGUCCCUGCUACCCAGAUCAUUGCAGAUACAGCUCCAACUGGCUCUUUGGACGAAACUGUUAGAGAUAGUUUUGUCAUGCUAUCUUCGAGCCCCAAGAAAGCUACGCAACCAAAGGCUAUCGAUAAGUUCGACGAUGAUCUUUCUCGGGCUAUAGUAGAAGCCAAAGCCACAGCACACUUGCCGCUGGAGGAGGACGAGGAUGCAGAGUCUCCAGCAGCAAGCGGCAUCGAGGAUGUGGAGGACUCAGAUACAGACGAAGAGCCCGUGGCAACGACUCCCAAACUACCGAAUAAGUUUAAUUUCAUCUCGAAAGCAUCAGCCCUACGUGAAAAGAAGCCCUUCAACCAAAACGUAUUCCAGUGUAUGGAUCCGGGUGCUCAAGGCUAUACGUCCCUGAAUCCAAAUGCCCGAACCAUUGAGAUCUUGGACCAGAUGUGCAAAUACUACGAGCAGAUGCAGGACACAUGGCGGCCGAUAAGCUACCGCGAGUGCAUAACUACAUUGAAGAAGCAGACUACCAAGAUCACCACUGCGAAACAAGCUGCAGCACUUCCUGGUAUUGGUUUGCGACUGGCCGACAAGAUUGAAGAGAUUGUGCUCACCGAUCGUCUUCGCAGACUGGAAAGUACUCAAGAUGACCCUCUAGAUUCAGUUCUCCGAUUGUUUCUUGGUGUCUAUGACGCUGGACUUGUUCAGGCUAAUAAAUGGAUCCAAGCGGGUUAUCGUACGCUCGACGAUCUUCGAAUCAAAGUGAAGCUUACCGAGAGCAACAAAGUCGGCGUAGAGCAUUACGAUCACUUCAACUCCAGGAUACCACGCGCUGAGGUGGAAGCACACGGCGCCAUCCUCGUCAAAGAAUUGCAGAAGAUCGAUACCAAAUUCAAAGCUACCAUUAUGGGUAGCUAUCGCCGAGGCGCAAAAGACUCGGGCGAUAUCGAUGUGAUACUUACAAAACCCGGUACUUCGCUUGCCGCCAUGCGGACAACGAUAUUCGAAGUCCUAGUCCCUCGUCUCUACAAGAUUGGAUUUUUGAAAGCAUCCCUAGCGACUUCUCGAUCCAACGACCCUACGGGGUCAAAGUGGCAUGGAGCUUCUUGUCUCCCGACCUCAGAGGUCUGGCGCAGGAUGGACUUUCUCCUUGUACCGGAAGAAGAAAUGGGAGCUGCGCUGAUAUACUUCACUGGCAAUGACAUUUUCAAUCGCAGCAUCCGACUGUUGGCACGCAAGAAGAAUAUGAGGUUGAAUCAAAGGGGGUUGUACAAGGACGUUCAUCGAGGGAGAAGGGGUGAGAAGCUGAACGAGGGUGUCUUAGUAGAGGCUAGGAGUGAGAAAAAGAUUUUCGAGGUGCUAGGUGUACCUUGGAGGGAGCCGCAUGAGCGAAUCUGCUAG